AACACCCAGUCUUUUGAACUGGCCUGCAAACAUAUGUGGAAGAGGAUACUGUACAUCAAGACAGAGGAAUCCGGAAGACUGUCUUGUGAAUGAUUGACAAGUAAACAUCAACGGGACGUGAUUGAGAGACAUGUCAGUGCCAUUCCGGAAAGAGCUGGAGAAAUACAGAAAUAUCAACGAAGAUGAAAUUCUGAACAAACUCUCUGAGGAUGAACUCAAACAGCUGGAGAAUGUCCUUGAUGACCUAGAUCCAGAGAAUGCCCUUCUGCCAGCGGGCUUCCGACAGAAAGAUCAGACCAGUAAACCUGCCACGGGACCUUUUGACAGAGAACGACUAUUGUCCUACUUGGAGAAAGAAGCACUGGAGCACAAAGACAGAGAAGAUGUGGUUCCUUUUACUGGAGAAAAGAAAGGAAAAGCAUUUGUGCCUAAGGAGAGACCAAUAGAGACCCACACAGAAAAGAAGGUGACUCUGGAUCCAGAAUUAGAAGAAGCUCUGGCCAGCGCCUCUGAUACUGAGCUGUAUGAUCUAGCAGCUGUCCUCGGAGUUCAUAAUUUGGUCAACAACCCUAAGUUUGAUGAAGGAACCACCGGUCAAGAUGGCAAAGGAAUUGUGAAAAAUGUGGUUAAAGGUGAAAAGGUCAAGCCUGUUUUUGAAGAACCACCUAACCCAACAAAUGUUGAAACCUGUUUGCAAAGAAUUAAGGCAAAUGAUCCCACUCUACAAGAAGUCAAUCUGAACAACAUAAAGAACAUCCCAAUUCCAACUCUUAAAGACUUUGCAAAGGCUCUGGAAACCAAUAACCAUGUGAAAAAAUUCAGCCUGGCAGCUACUCGAAGCAAUGACCCUGUUGCAAUGGCUUUUGCGGAUAUGCUAAAAGUAAACAAGACACUGAAAAGUCUAAAUAUAGAAUCCAAUUUUAUCACUGGGACAGGCAUCCUUGCUUUGGUUGAUGCUCUGAAAAGAAAUGAAGUACUGGCAGAAAUCAAAAUUGACAAUCAGAGACAACAGCUUGGCACAGCCGUGGAGAUGGAAAUUGCUCAGAUGUUGGAGGAGAAUUCUCAGAUUCUCAAAUUUGGGUACCAGUUUACAAAGCAAGGCCCAAGAACCAGGGUAGCAGCUGCCAUCACUAAAAAUAAUGAUCUAGUUCGCAAGAAACGAGUGGAAGAACACCACUAGCCUGGUCUCUGAGGAUGUGAGGGAAGAGAAUGAUUUCAUCACAACCUCAGAAAAUUUACCGAUUUAAAGGGAAGAUACUGGAAAGGCUUUAGAACAAGACUGUUCAUGUUCCAUUACCUCAAUUCAUCCCUUCCUGCUAUUUGACCACCGUAAUCCAGCCUAAUUUUCUCUUUCCUAGCAAUCAACAAUCGUGCUCUGUAUUCAAGAUGCUCUGAGCUGAAUGGAAGACCAUUCCAACUUGCAAGUUGCAAGUUAGUCUUUUCUCCCCCUUCCAUUUAAUGCUAAUCCAUGAGUGAUUAGGAAAUUUUCCUGCACCAGUCCACUGAAACAUGUGGGAAUUGUUUAGUGGAUUGUGCUGUCUAUGUCGUACAAACCGCCACCUCCUCUUGACUCAUAGCAAACCUAAGUCUGCUCUUUGUUUCCUGUUAUCUUUCCACAGUUGUGUGCAAAUUAUAAAGAAAGGGACCAAGGUCAUUUUAAAACAACUUUUCAUGCCAAGGUGGAACUGUUCUUAUACCAGCACACUCUGCCAAACAAAUUAAUCUUCAAAUUCCAGACUACAAUGUGCCAUAAG